AUGCCUCUUUUCCAACGAAAAUUCAAUGUACCAAAGUUUCCUGCUCGAAAAGCGUCUAGUAUGACAAAUUUAUCACAUCUAGAUUCAACUACGCGAAGUCAAGAGUUCAGCAUGGAUUUUGGACCAAUUAGAACACGUUUAAGUGGACGGGAUCUUGUAUUCCGUAAUGGACAGUGGAUCAUUGAAGGAGAAAAUGGAGUGUUAAAUGAUGAAUCUGGAAAUGCAACUCAAUUAGGUCGUGAAACAUUUCGUAUUAAAAAAGAAAAUCAUCAAUUAAUUGAAGAAAAUAAUUUGUUAAAGUUGAAAAUUGACAUACUCUUAGAUAUGCUUGCUGAAACUACAGCUGAAGUACACUUACAAGAGAAUGAAAUUGAAAAUCUACGUAAUACAUUGCACAAAAAACCAAACACAACAAUUCAAGUUGCUUAA